UUGACUCUCAAGUCUCAACACCCUUUUUUUGUUUGUUUCUUUAUUUUUGUUUCUCUCGACAUCCAAUCGCGAGUUUCAGUGAGAGUGAAAAACAAUCAAUCACCUGCUCUGUCUCUUCUCUCUCUUGCAGGAUCCAUUCCUCUUCACUUCACCGAUAUUCUCGCCUUUUUUGUAGUGUGCGAAAAUCCGAAAACCUAGAGAGAGAAAGUGGACAGAUAGGCUAAAAGGCAGCAAGCAAGUUCUGUUUUUAUUUUUGUAACGUUGGGAUCGGAGGGUAAAAUUGAAGUUCUAUUCAAAUUUUUGGAGGGCUUUUUUAACAACACCAUUUUAGCUUUUGAUUUCUUUUCUGUUCGGACAUGACUCUUUUUUUUGGUUUAUGUCAUAAACUUGGGGUUUAAAGAGUAAAUUUGUAUGCAAUCUGGUGGUGGUGGAGGAGGGGGGCCCAGUUGGGUAGGACCGGCUGGGCGUGCGGGGUCCACAUCAUCGGCUGCAGCAUCGCCUUCGUCUUCGUCUUCGUCUGCUGCUGUAUGGAACCUUCAGUUGGGAUUUGAUUCGGUACAGCAGCAGCAGCAGCAACAGCAGUCUAGGCAGGCAUUACAGCAACAAUUACUUAGAAAACCCGAAGGGAAUGAAACCCUUCUAGCUUAUCAAGCUGGAACUCUUCAAGGAGUUACGGGAGGGAACAAUUUUGCUUCAUCUCCAGGCUCAAUGCAAAUACCUCAACAGUCCAGGCAAUUAUUUGAUUUGGCUCGACAACAUGGUUCCUCUCAGGACGGACAGAAUAGGAAUCAAGGUGUUGAGCAACAGGCUUUGAACCCAAUUCAACAAGCAUAUCUUCAAUAUGCUUUCCAGGCCGCCCAACAAAAGUCAGCUUUGGCAAUGCAGUCUCAGCAACAAGCUAAAGUAGGAACACUGGGCUCUCCUGCUGGAAAGGAUCAUGACAUGCGGGUGGGAAAUUUGAAAAUGCAGGAACUCAUGUCCAUGCAGUCGGCAAAUCAGGCUCAGGCUUCAUCUUCUAAGAACCCAUCUGAACAUUUUUCUCGUGGUGAAAAACAGGUGGAACAAGGUCAGCAGCAAGCCUCUGAACAGAGGAAUGAGCAAAAGUCUCCAAUCCAGCCUACUGCCAUUGGACAACUAAUGCCUGCAAAUGUUACUAGACCCAUGCAGGCACCACAGGUUCAGCAAAACAUCCAAAACAUGGCAAACAACCAGCUCACAAUGGCUGCUCAGAUGCAAGCAAUGCAAGCAUGGGCACUUGAGCGCAACAUUGAUCUGGCACAACCUGCAAAUGCCAACUUGAUGGCGAAGCUUAUUCCAGUCAUGCAGGCAAGGAUGGCUGCACAACUAAAGGCAAAUGAAAAUAAUACUAGUGGACAAUCAUCACAUCUCCCUGUGUCAAAGCCACAGGUUGCUUCUCCAUCCAUUGCAAACGAGAGUUCUCCUCAUGCAAAUUCAUCCAGUGAUAUCUCUGGGCAGUCUGGCUCUGUAAAAACCAGGCAAACUGUUCCAUCUGGUCCCUUUGGCUCAACUUCCAGUGGAGGCAUAGUGAAUAACCCUAACAACCUCACAAUGCAGCAGCAGGCUUUUCACAGCAGAGAGAACCAAGCACCUCCUCGACAGGCAGUUGUGCUUGGAAAUGGAAUGCCUGCAAACGCAAGCCAAGGUGCAGAUCAUACUCUGCCUUCAAAAAAUGCAUUAAACAGCUCAGAAACUUCACAGACACAGCAAUUCAGGCAGCUGAAUCGAUCUUCUCCACAAUCUGCUGGUCCUUCUAAUGACGGAGGCUUGGGCAACCACUUCUCUUCACAAGGCAGGCCAGCUGUCCAGAUGGCACAACAGCGCACUGGGUUCACUAAACAGCAGUUGCAUGUUCUGAAGGCUCAAAUUCUAGCAUUUAGGCGACUGAAGAAAGGAGAAGGUACUCUUCCACAAGAGCUUCUUCGAGCUAUUGCUCCACCACCCCUUGAGUUGCAGCUGCAGCAACAACUUCUCCCUGCAGGAGGAAGUAAUCUGGACAGGUCGGGUGGAAAGAUUGCUGAAGACCAAGCAAGGCAUCUGGAGUCCAAUGAUAAGGGUUCGAAAGCAAUGCUAUCUAUGAACGGACAGAAUUUUUCUAAAGAGGAAGUUUUUACUGGUGAUGAGAAAGCAACCGUCUCAACCAUGCAUAUGCAAAAGGCACCGGCUGUGAUGAAGGAACCCACUCCCCUUGUGGCUUCUGGGAAAGAAGAGCAGCAAACUGCUACAUGUUCUGUCAAUUCAGACCAGGAGACUGAACAUGGACUUCUGAAAACUCCUGUUAGAAGUGAUCUAGCAGCAGAUAGGGGAAGGGGCGUUGCUUCACAGUUUCCUGCAUCUGAUGCUAUGCAAGCUAAGAAACCUGCACAAGCAAGCACUGUGGUCCAGCCGAAAGAUACCGGCUCUGCCAGAAAGUAUCAUGGACCAUUAUUUGAUUUUCCCUUUUUUACUAGGAAACAUGACUCUGUUGGGUCAACUGGGAUGAUUAACACGAAUAAUAACCUAACAUUGACCUAUGAUGUCAAAGAUCUUCUUUUUGAGGAAGGCAUGGAAAUGCUUAACAAGAAAAGGUCAGAGAAUUUGAAGAAAAUCAAUGGUCUACUAGCAGUAAAUUUAGAGAGGAAAAGGAUUAGACCAGAUCUUGUGUUGCGGUUACAGAUUGAAGAGAGAAAGCUUAGGCUUUUGGAUCUACAGGCGCGUUUAAGGGAUGACGUUGAUCAACAGCAACAGGAAAUCAUGGCAAUGCCUGACAGACUAUAUAGGAAGUUUGUUCGGCUAUGUGAGCGUCAACGGAUGGAGCUGACAAGGCAGGUACAGGCCUCUCAAAAAGCCAUAAGAGAGAAGCAAUUGAAAUCCAUCAUGCAGUGGCGCAAGAAACUUCUUGAGACUCAUUGGGCCAUCCGGGAUGCACGUACUGCCCGUAACAGAGGAGUUGCUAAAUACCAUGAGAGAAUGUUGAGGGAGUUUUCAAAGAGAAGGGAUGAUGACCGAAAUAAAAGGAUGGAGGCAUUGAAGAACAACGAUGUUGAAAGGUAUAGAGAAAUGUUGUUGGAGCAACAGACUAGCAUCUCAGGCGAUGCUUCUGAGAGAUAUGCCGUUCUCUCGUCAUUCUUGACUCAGACAGAAGAAUAUCUCCAUAAGCUGGGAGGUAAAAUAACAGCUGCUAAGAAUCAGCAGGAAGUGGAGGAGGCAGCUAAUGCCGCAGCAGGAGCUGCACGACUGCAGGGCCUAUCAGAAGAAGAAGUACGAGCAGCUGCAGCUUGUGCUGGUGAGGAAGUAUUGAUAAGAAACCGGUUUGUGGAAAUGAAUGCACCCUGGGACAGUUCAUCUGUUAACAAAUAUUACAAUCUUGCACAUGCUGUGAAUGAAAGGGUCAUAAGGCAACCAUCUAUGUUACGAGUUGGAACCUUACGAGACUAUCAGCUUGUUGGGUUGCAGUGGAUGCUUUCUUUGUAUAACAACAAAUUAAAUGGAAUCUUGGCAGAUGAGAUGGGGCUUGGAAAGACUGUACAGGUGAUGGCAUUGAUUGCUUAUCUAAUGGAAUUCAAAGGAAACUAUGGACCACAUCUUAUAAUCGUUCCUAAUGCUGUUUUGGUGAAUUGGAAGAGCGAGCUACACAACUGGCUGCCAUCUGUGUCCUGCAUUUAUUAUGUUGGUGGAAAGGAUCAGCGGUCAAAAUUAUUUUCCCAAGAGGUUUCUGCCAUGAAAUUUAAUGUCCUUGUGACAACUUAUGAGUUCAUCAUGUAUGACCGGUCAAAACUUUCUAAAGUUGAUUGGAAGUACAUCAUAAUUGACGAGGCACAGAGAAUGAAGGACAGGGAGUCAGUUUUAGCCCGUGAUCUUGAUAGAUAUCGCUGCCAGAGGCGCUUACUUCUCACAGGGACACCACUACAGAAUGACUUGAAGGAGCUAUGGUCGCUCUUGAAUCUACUUCUGCCAGAAGUUUUUGAUAAUCGUAAAGCAUUUCAUGAUUGGUUCUCAAAGCCCUUCCAAAAGGAAGCUCCAAUGCAUGAUGGAGAGGAUGACUGGCUUGAAACUGAAAAGAAGGUGAUCAUAAUUCAUCGACUUCAUCAAAUUCUAGAGCCUUUUAUGCUCAGACGUCGUGUUCAAGACGUGGAAGGUUCACUUCCACCCAAGGUUUCCAUUGUCUUGAGGUGUAGAAUGUCUUCUAUACAGAGUACAAUUUAUGAUUGGAUCAAAUCUACUGGCACUAUUCGAGUUGACCCUGAGGAUGAGAAGCUCAGGGCUCAAAAAAAUCCAGCAUACCAGCCUAAGGUGUACAAAACUUUAAAUAACAGAUGUAUGGAGCUCCGAAAAACUUGCAAUCAUCCUUUGCUUAAUUACCCAUAUUUCAAUGACUUAUCCAAGGAUUUCCUUGUUCAAUCUUGUGGGAAACUAUGGAUUCUGGAUAGGAUUCUCAUAAAACUUCAAAGAACAGGCCAUCGGGUACUACUCUUUAGUACCAUGACAAAACUCCUUGAUAUAUUGGAGGAAUACUUGCAAUGGCGCCGACUGGUAUACAGAAGGAUUGAUGGAACAACUAGCCUUGAAGAUCGUGAAUCGGCUAUCGUGGACUUUAAUAGCCAUGAUUCAGACUGCUUUAUUUUCUUGCUUAGUAUUCGUGCUGCUGGAAGGGGUCUUAAUCUUCAGUCAGCUGACACAGUUAUCAUAUAUGAUCCUGAUCCAAACCCUAAGAACGAGGAACAGGCAGUUGCUAGAGCCCACCGGAUUGGACAGACAAGAGAAGUCAAAGUCAUUUAUAUGGAAGCAGUUGUUGACAAAAUUUCUAGCUGUCAAAAAGAGGAUGAAUUAAGAAGUGGAGGCACCGUUGAUUUAGAAGAUGACCUUGUUGGUAAGGAUCGAUAUAUGGGUUCUAUUGAGAGCCUAAUAAGGAAAAACAUCCAGCAAUAUAAGAUUGACAUGGCUGAUGAGGUUAUCAAUGCUGGGCGUUUUGAUCAAAGAACAACACAUGAGGAGAGGCGAAUGACUUUAGAGACAUUAUUGCAUGAUGAGGAGCGGUAUCAAGAAACUAUGCAUGAUGUUCCAUCACUCCAAGAGGUUAAUCGCAUGAUAGCCAGGAGUAAAGAUGAAGUUGAAUUAUUUGAUCAAAUGGAUGAAGAGUUUGAUUGGACGGAGGAGAUGACGAGGUAUGAUCAGGUACCUAAAUGGCUUCGAGCCAGUUCAAAAGAAGUGGAUGGUACUAUUGCUAUUCUAUCAAAGAAACCAUCAAAAGCUAUCCUUUUUGCUGAUGUUAUGGGUAUGGUUUCCGGUGAAAUGGAAACUGAAAGAAAACGGGUGCGGCCAAAGGGGAAAAAGUCUCCUAAUUACAAGGAAAUCGAUGAUGAAAAUGGAGACUAUUCUGAGGCAAGUUCUGACGAGAGAAACGGUUAUUCUGCACAUGAAGAAGAGGGAGAAAUUCAAGAAAUUGAAGAUGAUGAAUCCAGUGAUGCUGUUGGGGCACCGCCCAUUAAUAAGGACCAAUCAGAAGAUGAUGGUCCCCCGUGUGAUGGUGGGUAUGAGUGUCACGGAGCUUUGGAAAGCACUAGAAAUAAUGAUGUACUAGAUGAAGCUGGUUCCUCAGGAUCAUCCUCUGACAGCCAAAGAGUUACACGAAUGAUCUCUCCUGUCUCUCCUCAGAAAUUCGGGUCACUUUCUGCAUUAGAUGCUAGACCAGGUUCACUUCCCAAAAAGCUGCCAGAUGAAUUAGAAGAGGGGGAAAUUGCCGUGUCUGGAGAUUCUCACGUGGAUCACCAGCAAUCUGGAAGUUGGAUGCAUGAUCGCGAUGAAGGUGAAGAUGAACAGGUUCUGCAACCUAAGAUUAAACGAAAACGUAGUAUUCGGCUUCGACCCCGUCACACUGUUGAAAGGCCAGAGGAGAAGUCUAGCAAUGAUGUGCAACGUGGAGAUUCUUGUUUGUUGCCAUUCCAAAUGGAUCAUAAAUAUCAAGCACAGUUGAGGAGCGAUACUGAAAUGAAAGCAUUAGUAGAGCCUAGUGGAUUCAAGCAUGAUCAGAUUGAUUCCUCAACAAGUAGGCGAAAUUUACCUUCAAGAAGAAUAGCCAAAACACCUAAGUUACAUGCUUCGCCAAAAUCUGGCAGAUUGCAUUUGCAGUCUGCUCCAGCAGAGGAUGCUACUGAACACUCCAGAGUGAGUCUGGAUGGUAAAGUUCCAAGUACAAGUGGUACUUCAUCUUUGGGCACCAAGAUGUCUGAUGUCAUCCAGAGAAGGUGUAAGAAUGUUAUUGGCAAGUUCCAAAGGAGGAUAGACAAGGAAGGACAACAAAUUGUACCUCUUCUAGCUGAUUUGUGGAAGAGGAUUGAAAAUUCUGGUCACGUAAGUGGUGCUGGAACUAAUCUUUUGGAUUUACGGAAGAUUGAACAGCGUGUUGACAGAUUGGAGUAUAGUGGAGUGAUGGAGCUUGUGUUUGACGUGCAAUUCAUGUUAAAGGGUGCAAUGCAAUUUUAUGGGUUCUCACAUGAGGUUAGAACUGAAGCAAGAAAGGUGCAUGAUCUCUUUUUUGAUAUCUUGAAGAUUGCAUUUCCAGACACCGAUUUCCGAGAGGCCAGGAACGCUCUAUCUUUCUCUGGCCCAUCAUCAACUUCCGUUUCUGCUCCGUCUGCAAAACAAGCUGCUCUUGGCCUAAGCAAGAGAAACAAGUCAAUAAAUAAUGUGGAACCUGACAACAGCACUACCCAUAAGCCAAUGCAGCGAGGAUCCAUUCCUAAUAGUGAAGACAUUAGGAGCGUCCGUGUGCCCCAGAAGGAAACAAGGGUUGGGAGUGGAAGUGGCAGUAGUAGGGAACAAUAUCAUCAGGAUGAUUCUCCACUGCAUCCAGGGGAGUUAGUUAUCUGCAAGAAGAAGAGGAAAGACCGGGACAAGUCAGCAGUGAGGUCAAGGACUGGAUCAAGUGGUCCAGUCUCCCCCCCUAGCAUGGGCCGUAAUAUCACGAGUCCUGUUUUGAAUUCAAUACCUAAAGAUGCGAGACUGAACACUAGUCCUGUUUUGAAUUCAAUACCUAAAGAUGCGAGACUGAAUACUAGUCCUGUUUUGAAUUCAAUACCUAAAGAUGCGAGACUGAGCCAGCAGAAUACGCAUCAGCAAGGGUGGGUGAACCAACCACAACCACCAAAUGGUGGUGCGGGGAGUGUUGGUUGGGCAAAUCCUGUAAAGAGGUUGAGGACAGAUGCUGGUAAAAGAAGGCCGAGCCAUUUAUGAUUUUUCUCAAGGAAAGUGUAUAAUUUAAUGGAAAAAUUUGUUGUUGAGUUCAGCCGCAAAGUGUGCAAGUGGCCCUUUGUGGCCUGUACCAGUGCUGUAGCUUCUACUGUUAAUAUAGUUGUAGGUCAUUGCUCUUCCAUUGUAUACUGCUCCUUGCAUGAUUUUAGAAAUCCAGUAGUUUUUGCAUGUUCGUCUUA